UUCUACCUGCGCGGCUGCCACCUCUCAAAGCCUCCUUUUCCUGCUGUGCUCGACAGCCUUCUCAAGCAGUUGAGUUGGCGCAAGCGCGGAGCGCAAGACGCUUGCGCACUAGGGUGGGAGCUAUUCUUUUUCCCUUCUCUCAUCUCGGCUCGCGGCUUUCGGGCUCACGGUCAGUCGCCUGCUCAUUGGCUGUUCCGUUGUUAGAGCGUCUGGCUCGGUCGACGGUUGAGGCCUAAAGUUCUGCGCAGGCGCAGAACGCGGCUAAGGUAAUAAGAAGCCUCGCGCUCGUUCUGACGGGCCUGAAGAAAAAGAAGGAAACCCACCAGUUCGCCGUUGCCAACGCCGCCGUCUCCGCUCCUCCUCCGUGAGGGGAAAAAGAGAACAAGAAGGCCGGGGAAGACCUUGAACGGCCGCCUCCGCUGCCGCCAUCAUGAGCGUGGAAGCGUACGGGCCCAGUUCGCAGACGUUGACUUUCCUCGACACCGAGGAGGCCGAGCUGCUGGGCGCUGACACGCAAGGCUCCGAGUUCGAGUUCACCGACUUCACCUUGCCCAGCCAGACUCAAACGCCGCCCGGGGGAGGCUCCGGGAGCGGAGGAGGCGGCGUCGCGCCGGGGACCCCGGGACUCCAGGGGGUUGGCGUCGGAGUGGGCGCGGGGGGGCCGCCUUCCGUCGUCGUUCCGGGGCAGCUGGACGCCCAGGUAAAUGGACCAGAUGGCAUCCUCCAGAAUGGGGCUGUGGAUGAUAAUGUGCCUAAAACCAGCCAACUUCUUGCAGAGCUCAAUUUUGAAGAAGAUGAGGAAGACACUUACUACACCAAGGACCUUCCUAUACAUGCCUGCAGCUAUUGUGGCAUCCAUGACCCAGCUUGUGUGGUCUAUUGUAACACCAGCAAGAAGUGGUUCUGCAAUGGACGUGGGAAUACCUCUGGCAGUCACAUUGUGAACCAUCUUGUGAGAGCCAAGUGCAAAGAAGUGACUCUUCAUAAAGAUGGUCCUCUGGGCGAGACCGUCUUGGAAUGCUAUAAUUGUGGCUGUCGUAAUGUGUUUCUUCUUGGUUUCAUCCCAGCCAAAGCUGACUCCGUGGUGGUUUUGUUAUGCAGGCAGCCUUGUGCCAGCCAGAGCAGCUUAAAGGACAUCAAUUGGGACAGCUCACAGUGGCAGCCUUUGAUUCAGGAUCGCUGCUUCCUUUCCUGGCUAGUCAAAAUUCCUUCAGAACAAGAACAACUGAGGGCCCGGCAGAUCACAGCUCAGCAAAUUAACAAACUAGAAGAACUCUGGAAGGAGAACCCAUCUGCCACUUUGGAGGACCUGGAAAAGCCUGGGGUUGAUGAAGAGCCACAGCAUGUCCUCCUUAGAUAUGAAGACGCUUAUCAGUACCAGAACAUCUUUGGUCCUCUGGUCAAGCUUGAGGCAGACUAUGACAAGAAAUUGAAGGAAUCUCAGACUCAAGACAACAUUACUGUGAGAUGGGAUCUUGGUUUGAACAAGAAAAGGAUUGCCUACUUCACCCUGCCGAAGACUGAUUCAGAUAUGCGUUUGAUGCAAGGGGAUGAGAUCUGCCUCAGAUACAAAGGGGAUUUGGCACCACUGUGGAAAGGAAUUGGCCAUGUCAUUAAAGUUCCUGACAAUUACGGUGAUGAAAUUGCAAUUGAGUUGAGAAGUAGUGUUGGUGCUCCUGUGGAAGUGACUCACAAUUUCCAAGUAGAUUUUGUAUGGAAAUCAACAUCCUUUGAUAGAAUGCAGAGUGCCCUAAAAACAUUUGCUGUGGAUGAAACAUCAGUUUCUGGUUACAUCUAUCACAAACUUCUGGGUCAUGAGGUGGAAGAUGUUAUAAUUAAAUGUCAGUUGCCAAAGCGCUUCACAGCACAAGGACUUCCGGACCUCAACCAUUCUCAGGUGUAUGCAGUGAAGACUGUUUUGCAGCGUCCCUUGAGUCUUAUCCAGGGGCCCCCUGGCACAGGCAAGACUGUGACAUCAGCCACAAUUGUGUAUCACCUGGCAAGGCAAGGAAAUGGGCCUGUGCUGGUUUGUGCCCCAAGUAACAUUGCUGUGGACCAGCUGACAGAAAAAAUACAUCAGACGGGGCUGAAGGUGGUGCGCCUGUGUGCAAAGAGCCGCGAGGCCAUUGAUUCACCUGUCUCUUUCUUAGCACUGCAUAACCAGAUCAGGAAUAUGGAUAGCAUGCCAGAGCUCCAGAAACUGCAGCAACUGAAAGAUGAGACUGGGGAACUGUCAUCCGCUGAUGAGAAACGCUACCGAGCACUUAAACGAACAGCUGAGCGGGAAUUGCUAAUGAAUGCAGAUGUCAUUUGCUGCACAUGUGUCGGAGCCGGCGACCCAAGGCUUGCUAAAAUGCAGUUUCGUUCCAUUUUGAUUGAUGAAAGCACACAGGCCACUGAGCCAGAGUGCAUGGUGCCUGUUGUUCUUGGGGCAAAACAGUUGAUCCUUGUGGGCGAUCAUUGCCAGCUCGGCCCUGUCGUAAUGUGCAAGAAGGCAGCUAAAGCAGGUCUGUCGCAAUCCCUCUUUGAGCGACUGGUGGUGCUGGGCAUUCGGCCCAUUCGCCUGCAAGUUCAGUACCGUAUGCACCCAGCCCUGAGUGCUUUUCCUUCCAACAUCUUUUAUGAAGGAUCACUCCAGAAUGGUGUCACUGCAGCAGACCGUGUGAAGAAGGGGUUUGACUUCCAAUGGCCUCAGCCAGACAAGCCCAUGUUUUUCUACGUGACCCAGGGGCAAGAAGAAAUUGCAAGUUCUGGCACUUCUUAUUUGAACAGAACAGAGGCAGCCAAUGUGGAGAAAAUAACCACAAAGCUACUGAAGGCUGGUGCAAAGCCAGAUCAGAUUGGUAUCAUCACACCCUAUGAGGGCCAGCGUUCAUACUUGGUGCAAUACAUGCAGUUUAGUGGAUCUUUGCAUACCAAACUUUAUCAGGAAGUCGAAAUCGCUAGUGUUGAUGCUUUCCAAGGGCGAGAGAAGGACUUCAUUAUCCUCUCCUGUGUUAGAGCCAACGAACAUCAAGGCAUUGGCUUCCUGAAUGACCCCCGGCGUCUCAAUGUGGCUCUCACAAGAGCAAGAUAUGGGGUCAUUAUUGUUGGGAAUCCAAAGGCACUCUCCAAGCAGCCUCUCUGGAAUCACCUUCUGAACUACUACAAGGAGCAAAAGGUCCUGGUGGAGGGACCAUUGAACAAUCUCCGCGAGAGCCUCAUGCAGUUCAGCAAGCCUCGAAAACUGGUCAACACUAUCAACCCAGGAGCCCGGUUUAUGACAACUGCUAUGUAUGAUGCCCGUGAAGCUAUUAUCCCUGGAUCCGUUUAUGAUCGCAGCAGCCAAGGCCGGCCAUCCAACAUGUAUUUCCAAACCCAUGAUCAGAUUGGGAUGAUCAGUGCUGGGCCCAGUCAUGUCACCACCAUGAACAUUCCUAUCCCAUUCAACUUGGUGAUGCCUCCUAUGCCUCCACCAGGGUACUUUGGACAGGCCAACGGACCAGCUGCAGGUGGGAUGUUUGCAGGACGUGGAAACCUGAAAGGCAAAACGGGGCGUGGUGGGCGACAGAAGAAUCGUUUUGGGAUUCCAGGAGCCAGCCAGUCGAACCUCCCCAACAGCCAGGCCAGCCAAGACGUGGUCUCCCAGCCUUUCUCUCAGGGCCCCUUGACUCAGGGUUACAUCUCCAUGAGCCAACCCUCACAGAUGAGCCAGCCUGGCCUCUCCCAGCCAGAAUUGUCACAGGAUAGUUACCUUGGUGAUGAGUUUAAAUCUCAGAUUGACGUGGCCCUGUCGCAGGAUUCAACUUACCAGGGGGAACGCGCAUAUCAACAUGGAGUGACGGGGCUGUCACAGUAUUAGAGUGUUGAAGGAGAAGAGCUAAGCUUAUGUGGAGCUUAGUUCAACAGCAAUUUAUUCAGGGUAAUAAAAAUAAAAUAAAAUGGAUACCUGUUUUCCACUGCUAAAACUGAAGCGACUCUGUGAGAGCAACAGGAGAGAGAGGGAUAAAGAGAGAGAAACCAACGGAGAGGAGAAAGAAGAGCGAGAGAGCGAAAGAGAAAGAAGAGAGCCCACUGCUAGCUCACUGAGGCAAGGAGACUGACCGGAGAUGGGAAGAGAAGCACCGGAGGACCAACUGGCACCUCACUGGGAGGGAGAACUAACUCGCCCUGGAAGAACUGAGUGGUCAGCGAAGUUCCCUGUUCCCUCCCCUGCCACCAACACACCCACUGAGAAAGAGAGGAAGGGUCUUAGAAGAAUCAUUUCAUUCCGUUCAUAUUGCAAGCAGAGUUUCACAGUUAGAACAGGUGGGGAGAGGAAAACACCCAUCUCAGAGUUGUUCAUGUACCAAUCUCUCCAUUUUUUUUUUUUUUGUUUUCAAGAGAAGGAAAGAAGGAAGGAAGGGAGGAAGGAAGACCUUGUUGGACUUUUUAGGAACAAGCACACCAUCCAAGAGAAAACGUCCGGAAGCUUGUGGGGAAGCCAGCUGUGACUGGUACUCGACUCUGAGAUGUGUGGGUUUUGCUGUCCAAGAUCUGGCUUUGAGCCUCGUGCGGCUUCACCCACAGUCCGAAUGGCAAGAUGGGGUGGUUCUUUGUUUUAUUUUAAAAAAAGGAAUUCUUUCAAAGAAGCACUGGAUAUUUUUUUAGAAGUUUGUCUCUGAAAUUUAGUAGUGGACCUGGAAGGAAAAUCCUUGUUUUGAGAUGCUUAAGAAAAGAAAAACCAACCAUAAAAGAUACAUACAUAUAUAUAUAUAUCUAUAACUGUACGUUUAACCAAUCUCUUCUGUGUGAUUUCAGUCAAUCAAACUCUUCUUCUUGGGGGAGAGGCGCAUCUUUCAAGGAAGCCGAUUGCCUCCUGCCAGUGCAGUGGAGAAAUCAGAAACGGUGUUGUCAGUUUUAAUUUGGUUCCUGCCUGGGCUCUUCUCUGGGCUGUUGGUUUAAGGUAUCUGCUUUACAAAAGGGAGAGGGAGUAUCUUGUGCCCUUUUUGGCCCCUGAGAAAGAAGAACGCUGCUGGGACUGACCUGCUUUUUUAUUAGUUGCUGCCGACAUUGGGAAAACUAGUGGAAACAGGGGAUUAUAUUGGUUUUGAAGUAAAGCUUCUCUGAUGAUACAUUGAGAUAGUUUGUCUGGGGAGGAAGAGCAGGUAGAUAUUUUAAGGGGUGGCCAUUCUGGGGCAAAAAUCUUAUCUUUGGCACGGAGGGUCCUUUUUUUUCUUGACGUUCAGCUGUGGAAUGAGCAUCAGAAGUUUCAACAAAGCUGGAGACCAUGUGAAGGUGCACGGCCCUCAGUCAAGCUCCUUUGAUUUAUCCUUUCAAAUCCCAACUGGAAAAGGACAAUUUAUGAAAGAAAGAAAGAAAGAAAAACCCAAGAAAAAGUCACCUUGGCUCACAGCAGAAAGCAUGCAUACCUGCAUUAAAAAUAUUGAGAACGCUGGCCUGUUAGCCUAUGAUUAGUUUGAUUUUUCUUACCACCAAAGGUGGAGUUCCUUUAUCCGAGACAUUUUGACCAACUGCCCAGUUGUGCUAUUUUUUAAAAAAAUAAUUUAGCUUUCUUUUCCAAUCAAAGGGCUUUAAACGUCCAUUUUAACUUUUUGUAUAUGUUGAGGAAUUCCCCCCUAGCUUUACAUGAAUGAACUUUAGAACCUCCUACUUUAAAAAAAAAAAAACUUGGACAUUAGUAAUGUUCAUUCCCACUUUUGCCCUACUGCCCUGCCCUUCCCAAAAAAAAAAACACAAAAAAACCCACAAACCCCUUCACAAGAAAGCCUGUCUGGCUUCUGUUGCCCGUUUUAGCAUUACUGGGCCUUGCUUUAUAUUGCAGGUUUUGGAAGAGGGGACACAUGAAUUGAAAAUCUGUGAUUGUUCUUAAUGAAUUGAAAACAUCUCCAGAGUUUAGACUUCUACCAUGUGUAUGGGAAAGGGAGACAGGCCACCUUCCUGCCUGAAAUGUGGAAUCUUUAUUCCGAUUGUUGGAGAACUGCUUGUUAAUUUUUUUUUCUUCUACCAUCCCCUUCGCUGUGUGGCUGUAGAUUUUUGAGCUGGACUAAAUGCUAAACUUCUUUGUGCAAUUCAAUCCACUAAGAAGUAAAUGUAGCUCCCUCUUCCUCCCACUGUCUUCCUAACCUCCUUCCCUUUCCUUCCUCACAUUUCACUUAGGUAGCAAUGCUUGCCUCUUCGUGUUGAUCCCCCCCCUCCCACUUUUGUAGCGGUUAUAAAACGCUGAGUUUCACUGCAAAACCCCAUCAGUGCUAGCGCGGUGCUGAUUAUUUUUUUUCUGUCUGUUUGUUUUAAAAUCUGUUUCUCAUCAAAUUAAUAAAAAACGCUUGCAUUCU